AUGAAGUACGCCAUCCGGUUCGGUCUGCUCUUCACCUUUGUCCUAUACUGGCCGGGAGUCGGUCUGGAAUCGUACUUCGCCGCACCGCACAUCGGAGAGACAUGGGAGGAUUUGCUGGUCAACAAGAGACCAGAGCGCUUGAUAUACUGGGGUAUCGUGCAGGGAAGCCUCUCCGUGGUUCUGGACAUCUACAUUUUCAUUCUGCCGCUCCCGCUUCUCUCGAAGCUCCAACUUCCUCGCAAGAAGCGAUGGCAGCUCUUGAUCAUCUUUUCGACAGCCAUGAUAAACGUCGAGAACAACGUCGCCAUCAUCGUCAGUUCGAUGCCUUUCUUCGCGACUUUCUUCAGAAGCCACGUCCUGGAAUCGGCACUUCUCAAGACUCUACGUUCACGACUAAGCUCUAGCGGUGGUCGCUCCGUUGUCGGAACAGUAGACCAUCACAUGGAUAAGCCUAAACCGUCCCGAUCUCCUCUCCUGGACGAUGCGACGGGGCAGUACCAUGAGCUGAGAGACUUUGCUUAUGCAACGAACACCCAAAUACAGGCAGGAGGGGGGGGAAAGGCCGUCAACGCAGGGGAAGGGAAUCUCUCGUGA